UAGUCCCCCUUAGACGCAGGCACCUAUUUAAAUCUCCAUUGAAAGAGAUCCCAAAGGGAGACUCCUUUUUUUCGCUUUCUUUAUAUUUUUUAUGGGUUGCAGGGUUGUCCAGAUUGAGAGAGGGUACUCAGAGCCUUCUUCUUUCAGCACCCACGGAGAACACCUUUCUACUAUCUCGCUCCCUUUUUUUUGCUUUCCCUCAUCACCUUUCUCUCCUCUCUUUUCUUCUCUUUCUCUGCAACACGUUUCUUCACGCAAGAAUGUCGGGCUUAUAUACUCACAGCUUCUCCCCUGCGAGAGGCUUCUCCCCACAGAUAAGAGGCACAGCAGAUGUAGAUAGUCAGUACCUGGCAGAGCUGUUGGCGGAGCAUCAAAAGCUUGGUCCUUUCAUGCAGGUUCUUCCUAUAUGUAGCCGUUUGUUGAAUCAAGAAAUUACGCGAGUCUCGGGAGUGGUCUCCAACCAAGGAUUUGGGGAUUUCGACAGCCUGCAGUGUGGAAGUCCCAGUCCCAUGGUUUGUUCAAAUCUUAUUCCUAAUGUUGGGGGAAAUGGUUUUGGUGGUCAGAGCAGGCUCCCACACAAUAGAAUAGGUUUUCCCCAAGGAAUUAAUAUGGACUGGCAAGGAGCACCGCCAAGCCCAUGUUCAUAUAUUGUCAAGAAGAUCUUGCGCUUGGAAAUUCCAGUGGACAACUAUCCUAAUUUCAAUUUUGUUGGGCGUCUCCUGGGACCCCGAGGCAAUUCACUGAAACGGAUGGAAGCUUCUACAGGAUGUCGUGUUUACAUUAGGGGAAAAGGUUCAAUAAAAGAUUCUGGCAAGGAGGAAAAACUAAGGGGAAGACCAGGCUAUGAACACUUAAAUGAUCCGCUGCAUAUCUUGAUUGAGGCCGAGCUACCUGUGAAUGUUGUUGAUGUUAGGUUGAGACAGGCACAGGAAAUUAUAGAAGAGUUGCUUAAACCAGUUGAUGAAUCACAGGAUUACUAUAAGAGGCAGCAGCUUCGGGAACUAGCCAUGUUGAAUUCAGGUUUAAGAGAGGACAGCCCCCAUCCAAGGGGCAGUGUUUCUCCAUUUGGAAAUAGUGGAAUGAAACGAGCAAAAACGGGAUGGUAGAGAAUAAUUAUUACCUCACUAAUAGCUCUCAAAAUUUUUUUCCCUCCUAUCCAAUCAUGCCUUCAGCUCUAAUUACUUGUUAGUGGGGCUUGUGUGGGGCAGAUCACCAUUACUAGCUGGUGAGUUUGAUCUGCUAGUGGAAUUUUUUCAGUGGAAGAAAAGAAAGAAGAUCUUCAUGUUUUGUUGAUGUCAAGCUAUGUUUGUUGUACUACAUUUUACUAUAACUUAAUCAUCAAAAUUUAGUGAAUUUAAAUCUACUUUUGUUUUACUAUA